AUGACAUGUACAGCGUCUUCUAUGACUGUGGAAUCGUAUCCGGAGGCCGACGCGAUCGCGUCCUCCACUGCAACCCCGACGGAUGAGACUGGGCUCAUUCGGGAUCGGCGCCGGAGACACUCUUAUCAUGCCCCAAGAAGGCUCUCCUGCGACUACCAAGAUGCGGACACCGUCUUUAUUAGGGUCGAACUUUUCCUCGCCGAACUCGAACGCCGCAUGCACUGGAUCGAGCAAUACCGAAAGUCGCAUAUGGAUCAUAUAGAUGCAAGCCUCAAGCGGGGCUAUGCAACAUUGGAAGCCGUACGUGAUCAAUGUUCGAUCACAUCCGGAGAACUGAUGGGCAGUGGAAAGAAGCGUGCGAAGAUUCUAGUGGAGACACUGGAGGGCCGAUAUAAUGAAGCCUUAGCGACGAAGGAGACCCUGGAGCAAAAGGCACAGGCUAGUGUACGACUUAUGGAAAGCUUUUUAUCUGAACUCGAGUCGCGGGCUCAUGCUGUCCGGGAUCGGGGCAUCUACGGCACUAUUGACGAUGGAUGGAAAGCCAUGGACUCCAAGCUGGUACACGCUCGCGAGGUGGUGGAUGAAGGAAUGGAGCGCGCUCGUCGGGCACGGCAUGCGCUCCGGGAGAACAUCGAGACAGCCCUCACUUUAGCACAAGAGAAGCGACUGAUCACCUACGCCGAUCUGCCCGACCCAUGGCGAGUCAACCCACAUAUUGUGAAAGGAUAUCGGUUCACCACAUCGAAGAUCGAGUGCGUGUCUUCGGUUUUCUCCCCUUCCAACGAGUUGGUGAAUAUUUGGUCUCACGUUAUCGGACUUGUCAUCGUUCUCGCAAUCGCCUUCUACUUCUAUCCGCUUCACACCAAUUUCCAUGUCAGCACUAAAGCCGAUGUGCUCAUUGCGGCUGCUUUUUUCUUUGCAGCAUGCAAGUGCCUGGUCUGCAGCACCAUUUGGCACACCAUGAAUAGCAUUGCCUCCCAGACCCUUAUGGAGCGCUUUGCUUGUGUGGACUACACGGGCAUUUCCAUGCUUGUAGCUGCUUCGAUCGUGACCACCGAAUACACCGCCUUCUACUGCGAGCCAAUUUCACGAUGGACCUACAUAAUUCUCACCAUGUCUCUGGGAAUCGGUGGUGUCAUUCUCCCCUGGCACCCGACAUUCAACCGUCACGACAUGGCUUGGGCCCGUGUGGCUUUCUUCGUCACACUAGCUCUGACUGGGUUCGCACCCAUCGCCCAACUCUCCUACACCCGUGGCAUCCAGUGGUGUCUGUACUUCUAUGCACCUGUCGUGAAGAGCAUUCUCGUUUACUUUGUCGGUGCCUGUGUUUAUGCUUCUAAGGUCCCCGAGCGCUGGAAGCCCGGUCUUUUUGACUACUGUGGCGGUAGCCACAACAUCUGGCACCUUGCUGUUCUUGGUGGCAUCUUGUUCCACUACCACGCCAUGCAAGAUCUAUUUGCUGGCGCUUUUAUUCGCGCCGAGGGAGAAUGCCCCAACUUGACCUCUUGA